UUUCACCCUAUAUUAUACAGCAUAGUUUCUGCAAUUUGCCCAACAAUCAUACUUCCCUUGCAUAAGGAUUGAAUUUUCAGGAGCAAAAUUGGGUAGAAUUUGAAUAAUGGAGAGUCCCCUCUUCUUGAUUUUGGGAGUCGUCGUGCUAUUGUUUGGAUGGGAUGCAUCUGCACGAACUUCAGAUUCAAGUUGCCCUCUAAUAUUUGCAGGUGAGGCCAAAACAUACCAAAAUUGCAGUAGUUUACAAACUUUAGGAGCUACUCUGUCAUAUACCUACCUUGUACAAACUGGGUCAUUAGGUCACUUGGAUACAGCUUUCAAGGCCCGCCCUUCUGCUUCUGGGGGCUGGGUGGGUUGGGGUAUAAAUCCACAUGGGGGGCCACAAAUGAUUGGCACACAGGCACUGAUUGCCUUCCAAGUGGUUGAUGGAUCAACUAUGGUUUUCACGUAUGAUGUGACCUCUAAGUCUGAUGCUUUGAAUUUUUCAAAGCUUAGCAUCCCUGUGACCAAUAAGAGUGCUGUAUACGAGAGUAGCAGUGGAGAGAUAACAAUAUUUGCGUCCUGGGAACUUGAUCCCAACCAAACCAAUGUUAAUCUGGUAUGGCAAGUGGGCAGCUCAGUCGACGACUUCAGUCCUGGCGUACACAGUUUUGAUGAGGCUAAUCUUCGAAGUUCAGGGACACUCAAUCUUGAAAGUGGAGUCACCUCUACUUCUCCUGUACCCAAUACUCACAAUAACAGCAAGAAGGGUCCUGUAAUUGGGGCAGUGACUGGAGGGGUUGCUAUGUUGGGUUUCAUUCUUGCUCUAUUUUAUUGUAUCCAUCGGCAUCGUGGUGACAAGACCUCUCGACAAAAAAUUUCCACAACAUCUAGAAAGAGUGGCACUGGUGACCACAUCUCAUCUGCACCUUCCAGUUUGUGUAGGCAUUUCACAUUUGUUGAGAUCCAAGAGGCUACUAAUAAUUUUGAUGAGUCUCGAAUCCUUGGUUUUGGAGGGUUUGGCAAAGUUUAUGAAGGUGAGGUUGAUGGUGGUACCAAAGUUGCAGUUAAGCGAGGGAGCCCAUUAGCACAACAAGGCAUCCGUGAAUUCCAAACAGAAUUAGAAAUGCUUUCUAAACUCAGGCACCGGCAUUUGGUUUCUCUUAUUGGUUAUUGCGAAGAAAAUGGUGAGAUGAUUUUGGUUUAUGAUUACAUGGCCAAGGGACCACUAAGAAGACAUAUAUAUGGAAACAACAAUUUGAUUCCUUUAUCUUGGAAACAACGAUUAGAGAUCUGUAUUGGAGCUGCUCGAGGUCUUCAUUAUCUUCACACAGGGGCUGCUCAGUCAAUUAUACAUCGAGACGUAAAGACUACAAACAUCCUUCUCGAUGAAAACUUGGUUGCAAAAGUUUCAGAUUUUGGAUUAUCAAAAAAUGGACCACCUCCUGACCAUACCCACGUCACCACUUUAGUCAAAGGCAGCUUUGGAUAUCUGGACCCAGAAUACUUUCGCAAGAAGCAGCUCACUGUGAAAUCAGAUGUUUAUUCAUUUGGUGUUGUGUUGUUUGAGAUAUUGUGUGCACGACCUGCCACUAACCCUUCAGAUGAAGAAGAAGGCCUUGCCGAAUGGGCUUUGGCCUAUCAGAGAAAAGGAAUGCUGGAACAAAUCAUAGAUCCUCAUCUGAAAGGUAAAAUUAAUCAUGAGUCCCUUAAGUCAUACGGAGAGGUUGCUCAGAAAUGCCUUGCUGAGCAACGUGUUGACAGGCCAGCUAUGGGAGAUGUACUUGAGAAUUUAGAAUAUGCUUUGCAGCUGCAAGAGACUGCAAUGGAGAAUAAAUUGGUCGAUGACAAUAAUGACAGUCACAUAAACAACUCAGCUACUUAUGCUAUUGGAGAUAACAACACCUCAACAAGCACAGCGGGCCAUAGUUUGGCUAGUGUUAAUUUGGAUGGUGUAUCUCUAAGAGCUCUUUUUUCAGACGAGGUUUGAGUCAGGGAAUUGAAGUUUUUAGAUCCUUGAUUUUUA